AAAUUCAAGCUGCUCCCACCGACUUGAUCCCCUUUUUUGGUGUUUCUCCCACCAGUCCAGGAGCAUACAGUCAGCCAACCCUCGACACACUGUCUUUUCUCUUCUGUAUAUCCUACUCAUCAUGGCGUCCACAUGCUCUUCGGUUAGAGCUUUCGUCAUCCUUUUGAUAUCUGUCAUUAUAUUGUUUGAGUUAGUCACCGGCCAACCAGUUGACCCGUAUUUCUCUGGACCAGGAGCGGCCACUGAAAAUCGGGGAUCUCCUGCCUCCCCUUUGCCAUCGACUACAGGGCGUUGUGAUACAUCCUACUUCGCUCUCUUCAGUUUCCCUGGCAACCGUGCUUCCUUCAACAAACGUGAAGAUGCAGCUGCGCAUGUGCACCGGAUUUAUGCCCGGGCUUCAGAGAGUGAGCAUCAGGGCUUGUCAAGCCGCGAGAAGCUAAUUAUCGGCCUUGGUGCGGGAAUUGGUGGAUUGUGUGUUCUUCUGAGUAUCCUGGUCAUCGCCCGGUAUCAAAAAAGUUGGUGCCGGGCCAUCCCAUUGAGAUUCACGCGCAAAGGUACCCGAAGGAAUCUCAGAAGUCCACCGCCAGAAAAUACCUUCAGACGACAUCAUGAAUCGAUGCGUUCCAUAGGGACACCGAAAACCAACUUGCAGGUAUUCUACGGCCCGGAAGGCGCCCUCUAUCAGACCUGUCCAUACCACCCAGGCCUUCCAAGUCUUUUGACUUCCUACUACCAGCCAGUCGAGGUAUAUCGCACUCUCAUGCGAUCAACUAAACAGCCCCGCCAUCCUCCCUCUCCUGUCUCUCAGCCCGCCUUAAGCCCCGCGACACAGGCCGCUCACCAUGACUCUAGCCCUCAACAUGUUCAGUAUCUUUCUGAACCUCCUAGCCCCUCCGAUUCUGCGAUAUCCCCCAGAACUAUACCUCCGCGGCCUAGACGUGCGAUAUAUGCCCCACAACCCCAGUGCGCGGGACUUUCCAACAAUAUGCGUCAAAGUGUAGGCAUGGGAGUUUGCCACCCACCACCAGCGAAGUUGCGACCUCUGCCUCUAAGAGAGUAUUCUGGGGUCAACCCGCCCCGAUACGGCUUCCCUACUUAGGCUUUCAUUUUCCUCAGGCCUUCAGCUUUCGUGGUACCCAGUACACAUAAUGCUGCAGCUUUGCCCAAUCAUUUCUCAUCUCUAUCUACUUCCUAGUUUGAUCACGAUCUCUCCUCUUUACAUUGUUUAGGCAAACUUUUCCUCCUGCUUAUUUCCCUAUAACUCCUCGCUUCGUUAACGCCCAUAUACCAACCAACCACUGAACUCUUUGUUCAUGGCUUCUUGAUACAAUCUUGUCGAGUAUAACUCAGACGAAGACCGAGAACGUUACCACUUGGCAUCUGUUGCCUUGUUCGUGGCCAGCUUGUUCGACCGCACUGAAAUCCCAUACGGACUGAUGGGACAUUCUCGCAAAAUUCGCGACGUUGACAUCGCAUUCUAGGCAUCUGGAAACAUAGGAGAUCUCUAAAAGAUCAUGGAAGCUGAAAGUCGUCUCAUCAUUUCAAACACCAAACUUAUUAGCAACAUCAUAAACGCCUUUGUCCUUACUGUACCAGGGCAUGAUGGCUGCAAGAAUGUGGUAUCUGUUUGACUUGAUAGAGAAUGGUCUAUCAAAACAGCUGCAUGCGAAUGGGAGGUGGCUUUGUCACCCCUUCCAACUUCGGCCAGAAGAAUAUCUAUGUAAUGGAUAUAUUAUAUCUACUGCAAGGCAAAAUGGCAGCUUUUACAGCCCGACACAGCAACAAUGACUUUGAUAGUUGUGCGACAUUUAUUGCAGAUCUAUGAUGGUGAAAUCGUGGGCCUUGCAUACCAUUUGGGCCCAGAGGCUAUCAGCUGCUUUGUUGAUAGUGUUUCUGCUGGCGAAUUAC